AUGGAUGGAGGAGACGACAAGAAUCUUGGCCUGUACCGCUUUCGACAGCACAUAUGCCAUCCUGGCAACGAUCUCACUCGCUACACUCAACCUCUAACAGCACCGCCCUCAGACUUCAUAACACACAUAGUCAUCGCUGGCGGUUGCACCUUCAAUACCCAUGACCUUCUAGGUCUGGCCGACAUGCCUAACCUCGGUGUCCUCGAGAUAAUCCAGCCAACAGAGCGGACUGCGUUCCCAAAUAUUUCGGACCGUCUUGUCCGGGGAUGGUCUGAGAAACCUGAUCCAUUCCCCUUGCUUCGAGUAUUGCGAAUAUGGGGAGAUGAGACGACAUCCAAAGCAUCUCUACAAUGGGUGUCAAAAUUCCCUUCUCUUGCCAUGUACGACGUAAUUGGUGCAAGGGACUCGUGGGACGCCAGUAAGGUGGCAGCGCAAGAACAUGGGUGGGAGCAGGCAGAUGCACCGCCACAUAGGUUGGACGACUCACUGUUACGGUAUCUCAUGCUCUUUGUGCCGCUAGAGGAAACCCGUGACAGAAAUCUGCGUGACCUCGCUGCAAGUAUCGAUAAUGACUUGGUGUCGUUGUGCAGCGACUCACGAUGCGCUGUUAAAUUCGUUCAGGAUCGUCAGGCACCACUUCUUCUUAACUACCUCUGCGAUACUGCAAAGGAGAAUACGCCUUGGUGGGAUACUGAUGCUGCAUCUCGAGAAGCUCGCACAUGCCAUGGGGUUGCAUUUGAGGCUUGGGCAUUUUGGCUUUACUCCUUUCUCGGUCAACUUUGUUCUGAUCAAGAUUUGGAAGCCCGUGGGGCGCUCCCCUACACCUACAAGGCUGUAGCAGGUCCCUUCAUUCUCCCCUCACGGCCUAUUGCAUGUCUUCACUUGGGUCACACUUCCCAACGUGGUGGUAUUGAUACGAGACCAUCAUAUAUUAGCCGGGGGCUAUUCGCAACACGACAAUUCACGUUUACACGAAAAUCUGUGAUUCAAACGUCCAAUGGGAAGAAGCCAGCUACAAUACCGAAGAAAGGAGUCAACUUAGUGUGUUCAGAGAGGUCCGCACCUAUGCUGGCAACAAGGAAGGCAAAGAGAAAACGUGUUGUUGAUGUUUUGGAGGAUAUGGGCCUGGGGCGUUAG